UAAUUUAAAAAUAAUUUACCUGACACCUUGACUAGAUUUCGAGGUCUGGCAUAACAAAAUUCUCAAUUCUUUUAAAUGAGGACCAAAUUUGACUGCUGCCAUUUUGCUGUCGCUCUUCUGUCUCUUUUUACUUUCAGGUCAAAAUAAAUGUAAUUUAUUUACUAUGUUUAUUUAUCACAAAUGUCAUUUAAAAUUUUAAAUUAUCAUUACUAUUAAUUAAAAAAGUUUAAAUUAAAAGUAAAAUAUUAACAGAAUAAUUGUAAUUAUUGUAAAUAAUUUUACCGCUUGAUAUCCGGUGACAAACCCGAAGAUUCAAAAUUAAAUUUGCGAUGAUCAAUUAAAUUUAAAUGUGGCUCAAAAAAAUGAAAAAAUUGUGAAUUCAAAAUAAUUAUGACACUCCCGCCUCUUUUUGAUUCAAAAUUUCCAUCUUUCGUAAAAGAUUAUCCAGCAAAAGACAUCCAAGUUUAUUGGUACUGUCCUAAAUUUUCCCAGAGCCGCUAUCCGCCUGGACAAUCAACUAGCGAAGCCUGCACUCUGAUAUGUCUUCUGGUCGCUCAGAGAAUUUGUCACUCGAGAUUGCAGCUCUGGAGCAUAGAAAAGUCUCCCCGGCUGAUGAUCUUCGUAGCCGAAUCAAUAAUCGAAGGGAACAAAACUCAUGCCAGGAUAAUAGAGCAGGCUCUGGUGGCCCAUCGGUAUCUGAGCGCUGAUGAAGCUCUCAAGUUUGGAGGGAAUCGUCUGGCAACUCUCAGGGAAUGGAAGUUCAGAAUUUUUAAAGAAGACAUUGACAUGUUGCAUUCGAAUAUUAGAGAAUUUCUUGAGGACUGGUACAGAAAACCCAAGGCUGAUAAUUUGAUAAUGUUGCUUAUCACGGGUGGACGCACUGUGCUCUUUUUAUUCCAAGAGAUUACUGAUAAAAUAAUUCUGUUUGAUUCACAUGGACACGUUUGUUCUGGAAAUACUCAUCGAGGCUUAGUCAUUGCUCAGGCAAAAAUGGCAAAUCUCCAGCAUCUUUGCGCCUGGUUUAUCAAUGACGUUUUAAACAACUGCUUCAACUUAAAACCCAGCCAGUAUGAACUUACAUUUCUUUACCAUAAUUGUCACCACCACUCGUAG